UUAAAUUAACUUUGUUCCCGUUGCACCUCAAAGCUUCCACUUUCUUGCACUGAGUGAUUACUGAGCUGUCAAUCAACGCACUGUUGAUUGACAACUGACUACAAGUUCCCACUGUAUUAGAAUAAGGGCCCUUUUGUAAAAUGGAAUAAUCAGUUCACUUUUUAAACAUAAAAUUUUAAAAAGUCAUUUCGUAGUCCCUCUAUCAUUGGCUCAAGUACUGAAGGAAGCUGCCGGCAUAAACUUUUCUUGCGUCUCCGCGAUCAAUAUAGUCGCAUUUACAUCGAUAAAGCCUGCCUCUUUCCAUGCAAUUGGGGCUGGUUUAUAGACUCGGCCCCUGUACUGGCCUCCCCCGUUUCUCCUUUGAUCUCUCAGUCCAGCUGCUCUGCAUAACAACAACGAAGAGGUAUUGCGUCACUGGUGGGCACGGUAUAGUUAAUUUUUUUCUUCCCCUGAACUAUAGCCUCCAGAGGCAGUAGCAUCCUCCGUUUUAGUCAAUGCAAUAAGGAGAGAGAGAGAGAGAGAGAGAGAGAGUGAGAGAGAGAGAAAGAGAGAGAGAGAGAGAGAGAGAGAGGGAAAGAGAACGAGGGAGAGAGAAAAAGAGAAAUCCAUAGCAAUGGAAUAUCAGCUAUUAUGCUGUGAAGAAGACACCAUCAGAAGAGCGUAUAAGGAUCCCAACUUACUCAAUGAUCGCGUCCUGCAUAAUAUGCUUAAAAGCGAAGAAAACUCUCUUCCCUCUAUUAGCUACUUCAAAUGCGUCCAAAAAGAAAUUGUGCCUUCCAUGAGAAAGAUUGUUGCGACUUGGAUGCUGGAGGUAUGCGAGGAGCAGAAAUGCGAAGAGGAGGUUUUCCCAAUCGCCAUGAACUAUUUGGACCGAUAUUUGUCGAUUGAACUAACGAAAAAGACCCACUUGCAAUUGCUGGGAGCGACCUGCAUGUUUCUGGCAUCGAAAAUGAAAGAGACCAUUCCAUUAACAGCGGAAAAACUCUGCAUUUAUACCGAUAACUCCAUCCGACCCGAGGAAUUACUGCAAAUGGAGCUGCUUGUUCUCAACAAACUGAAGUGGGAUCUAGCCUCUGUGACUCCUCACGACUUCAUUGAUCACUUCCUCAACAAGCUCCACAUCCCCAAGGACAACAAACAGAUCAUCCGCAAACAUGCCCAGACUUUUGUGGCUCUAUGCGCUACAGACGUCAAGUUUAUCUCGAACCCGCCCUCCAUGAUAGCAGCCGGGAGUGUGGCCGCUGCGGUUCAUGGCCUCCACCUGGGGAAUAGCAGCAACUUCCUCUCCUACCAGUCCCUCACAGAACGCCUAUCACAGAUCAUCAAGUGUGACCCGGACUGUUUACGGGCCUGUCAAGAACAGAUAGAGUCUCUUCUGGAGUCGAGCCUGCGCCAGGUACAGAACACCAGCAUAUCUCCAGAAACAAAAACUCUUGAGGAUGAACUGGACCUCUCCUGCACACCAACCGAUGUGCGGGAUGUGAACCUAUGAUGAUUGACAGCGGAUCACAUGCAACUUGCAAGGAAAUGCUCGCUAUAUAUAUUAUAUAAAAAAAACAUCAUGACCUCCCCUCCAAAACCUCCAGCACAUUGUAAAAAGAAGGGAACUGCUUCCUUUUUUUGCUUUCAGUGCUCAUGUCCCUUCACCAUGCAUUUAUGUAUGACAUAGUCUGAAACUGAUAAAAGGCAAAGAAGGCAUUUGCGAUGCUGAACACGUGAUAUGCCACAAAACACAUGCAGAUUAUAUAAGACAUUAAUGAAAUAGUGUUUUUUAUAUACAAAAAAAAUAAAAUCAAGUGUUUAUGCUUUUGCAUUUUAUAAUAAUAGGUAAUAGGAAAUGUCAUUAGGGGAGCUAUUAGAUUUGAUUUUUUUUUGAGUGUGAAUGAACCAUUUUUAAUGUAGAAGAGGGUUUUAGGUAGUAACAAUUUAAUCAUUUUUUUCUUUAAAAAAGAAAAAUAAAGUGUCAGGAAACGAUGUAUAGCUUUUACAGCAGUCUAGGCUUUUCUAUACCUGCUUGCAUAUGUGUCUAGUCACUUUAUAAUCAGUUUGUCCCAAUGUUAAUUUGAUUUCUUUGUGCUUAUCCUCUUCACCUUAUAAAUGGUUGAUGUAAUCCAUUAGUGUAUUUUAGUUAUCAGCAUUAUUAUAUGUAAUUGGAGUCUGUGGAUUGCCUGUACACGUGGCUUGCAGGAGACCAGCUUAUUAUUAUUAUUCAUACAGGUCCAUUUUACUACCCGUGGCUAAGUACCUAAUUAUACACACACUUACUAAUGCUAUAAUACCUUUUAAAAGUCUUUGUCUUUUAAUUUUAUUUUUUUUUGACAGAAGAAACGUAUGUAAAUAGAGUGCUAGCUGGAGUCGGCCCUUCCUGGCCAACUAACGACAGGUUUAAUCCAUGGUCUUUCUUUCUCAAACCAUUCCAUUUCAAAGCACUUUCAGUUGGUAGAUUUUUUUUUUAAAGUCCUUUUUUUGUGUGGAAAUUUAAAAAUAAAAAAAUGGAAUGGUUUAGAAAUAUUACAUGCUUGUGUUUUUGCAAAGCAAGUUAAGUUGACUAUGGUGUUUGAGAGGGAAAUUAAACUUGGAUUGUGACAUUCCAAUGAACGAUGAUUACAUUCCAAAAACUGCUGGCAUCGCUGACCUUUAAUGUUAAAAAUAAUAGAAAGAACAGUGUUUAGAAAUCUUUCAUGUGCCAACUAAUUUAGAAAUGGGGGCUGUGUAGAUGAGUACUUCAGGGUUUAUCAGCACGCAUAGAAUGUAACCAUAAUUGUUCUGGAAGCUAUUUUACUUAAUUAUCCACAAUGAAAGGAACUUCAUGUAAUUUAUUUAUAAGGUAACAUAGAUCUAUUUAUUGUAAGACUGAAGUAGAGGAAGCUUCCAGUGGAGAGACAUCAAAGUUUAAGGCUUGUGGCGCAGUUGUAGGAUCUUAGUCCUUAAGCAAAAGUGACUUCAUCCACACAAUGAAUUAAGUUUUCAACGAAGAAAUUCAAGUGCCACAAGGCAUUCUGCUUUUCUUUUAAAAAAAACGAAGAUUCUCAGAACAGGGAUUUCUAAGUGGUUGAGGAGCAUUUAUCAUUGUGACUGACCCCCACCCCCCCCCCAAUGCAGAUAUAGGUUUCUGCACCUGUAUGCAAUGGAAAACUCUGUUCCUCGCCAGAUACACAACCUCGCAAAAGGAGGGUGAGGGGACAGACUUGAGCGUGAACUCGCAAAAUGAGCUAUGGUUAACCGGCAAGUUGGGGGAAAAUUUAACCUGUUUUUAUUUUAAAUGGCAUUGCAAGUGUUUUUUGAGAUUUGAAGAUUAUAUAGGUAGUGAUGACUGCUCUGACCCCAUCACCCUCUCCACCACCUGACAAUAGCUUGGUGGUGUUUUUUUUCAGCCAAAGUGAAAUUGUCAGUUGUUCAGAAGCUACAGCUUGGCCAGAUCAUUGGCAUUUUCACUUAACGGGACUAAUUUUCCAAAGCAAGUUUUGGCUUAUUCUUCUGUGCUGCACCCGAUGCUCUUGAUAGUUCCUCAAUUUGAAACCGGCUGGGAAGGAAACUUUGAGCUGCCCUUUCUGGAGAUGCAAGCCACAGUCUCUCAAGGCCAGGUUCUCUAUUCUCUCUUGUUCAGUUCAGUGUCCUGAUGGAUGCAUGAGGCAAUAUUGGUGCUUCUAGAGGGCUAGGGCCCAGACAAGUGUGAAGAGGCAGGAAACCUGGAUAAAGCUGCUGCUAUUAUAAGCCCCAUGUUAAGAGUGCUGGUGGAUUGGAUUAAUUGUCAUAUGUUCUUUUUGUUUAAAUCUUCAGGCCCCAUUUAAGCAUUGAACUUUUCCCGUUGCGACCGCAAACGAGAAACACCGUAGUUUUUGUUUUUUGUAGAAUCGGUCUUGCAGAAGAAAGAAAUAUUGUUGUUCCAGUGUCUUGCACCCCAGCUUCUAGAUAUUGAUAGAAAAUUUGCACAUCUUGGUAUGUACUGAUGCUAGAAAGUAGUAGAGGGGAGGAGGAGAAACUAAACUCAGUUUGAUGAUGCGGUGUGAGGAGUAUGUGAUGGAGAUAUGUUUGUGUGAUACUGCCAUUUAUGGUGUUGAUUGUAAGCAAUGGAGUGGACACUCCUUUUGAGCUGCUACAGAAAAGUUCCCAGCUUGGUUUGAAAUUAACAUUUUUUUUUUGCUUUUUCCUCUUUAAAAAUUAAAAAAUCCUUUUUGUCAUUGUGUUUUGCUGCUAUUUUUGGAUCAGUUUUUAUUAAUGCCAUAUACUGCCAUGUUAUAGGUUUUAAUUUUCACAUAGAAAAUUAUGUUAUUAACAUCAGUUUUUGUAGAUUUUUUUUGUUAAUGUGAUCAGUUCUACUUAAUGUGAUUACUGCUCUAUUCCAAAAAGAAAGGUUCCUGUUCACAUUACCUCAAACUACAGUUAACCAGACCUUUAUACACCGGGGUUUUUGUUUCACAUUUUGCCUCAUAGUCCUGUUUUACUGAAAACUGAAAUACGUUGUACAUUUAUCUGAAAGGGUUCUGACUGAAAAAAAAUGCAUUCGGGAUCCAAGAUAGUUCUGAUGUAUGAUGUCUGAAUAUCAGGAACAUUUGCUUACCUCAAAUCAUUUCUGUAUUUGGCAUCUCUGUUCUGAACCUUCCAGUUUAUAACCAUAAUGCUGCACAGACAACGGAUGUUGGUUCUUCAAGGUUGUGUACCGAAAAGGCAGUGUACUGUAUUUUUAUAUUAAAGAAGAUAAUCUGUACUGAAAGGCCAAAGGCUGAAUAGGGGUUUCACGUACCGACAAUUAUGUCUGUUUUUAAAAAACAAUGUUUCACAUAUUUUCAGAUGGUCACAAUCUAUAUAAAGCAUUCAAUUACAAAUUUGUACUUUUAUAUUUUACAAAAUGUCACUGUUCAUGGUCUGAAAUGCACAUUUUCACAAACAGACCUGUACUAGACAAGUUUCCAACAGAAUAGAAAUAAAAAAAAAUGUUUUGAAAAA